AUGAUAAUGGCAAAAUAUGACCUUGAAGAUGCUUACACUUUACUCGAAAAACUCGGAACUGGCUCUUUUGGAACAGUAUAUAAAGCCGUAAAGAAGGAAACAAAUGAAGUUGUAGCAAUUAAGAUAAUUGAUAUGGAGAAUUCUGAAGAUGACAUAACUGACAUACAACAAGAAAUAGCUUUAUUGGCACAAUGUGAUUCUCCUUAUAUCACUCGUUAUUACGAUUCUUUUGUUAAAGGAUUCAAAUUAUGGAUUGUUAUGGAAUAUCUUAGUGGUGGAUCAUGUUUAGAUUUGCUUAAACCUGACACAUUUGAUGAACACCAUAUUGCCAUUAUUAUUAGGGAACUUUUGUAUGGGUUAGAAUAUUUACAUACUGAAGGCAAGAUCCACAGAGACAUCAAAGCUGCCAAUGUUUUGUUAUCAGGAGAUGGAAAAGUCAAACUUGCGGACUUUGGUGUGGCCGCUCAACUUUCAAUUAGUGGGACUAAAAGAACAACAUUUUUUUGGAUGGCACCAGAAGUCAUUCAACAAGCAGGUUAUGAUCAUAAGUUGGCAAAAGGUGAACCUCCAUUAUCCGAGUAUCAUCCAAUGAGAGUUUUAUUUCUUAUACCAAAAGCAAAACCACCAGUUUUAGAAGGAGGCUUUUCUAAUUCAUUCAAAGAUUUUGUCUCCUUGUGUUUAAUUAAGAAUCCAAUUCACGCAAGUCGUCCAACGGUAAAAGAAUUAUUAAAACACAAGUUCGUCAAAUCAGCUCGUGGUACCGUGCAAUUACAAGAACUAAUUGAAAGAUUUAACAACUGGAAGAUUGAUCGACCAAACAGAUUAACUAGUAUUUAUAGAACAAUGUCAUUUGUUAAUAAUAACAGUUCAAUAGAAAGUUGGAACUUUGAAACUGUUCUAAAAGCGCAUAAUGAUGGUACUAUAAAAUUAACCGGUGGUGAAUUAAAUCAAUUAGAACAGAUGAUUUCCUCCUCUUCUUCCUCCAAUGUAAUUGACAAAGAAAAAAUUGCCGAAACCAACAAAUCAAGUAUACUUUCUAAAUCUAUAAAUGAUGUUGAAGGAUUUGAUACAGCAAAAGCACCAAGAAAAUUUAGUGUGUCCACAGUAUCAUCAUCAUCCAAUUCAUCUAUUUAUAAAUACUCAAAAAACAUCCAGUUUAUUGACGCUAUUACAGAAGAAGGAAUCAUCUCAAGAAAUCUUGUUAAAUCGGAUGAAUUAAAGGCAUCAGAACUUGAAGCAUUAAGUAUGUUUGAAAAAGGGGUUGAAGAUUUAGACAACAAUAACCCUGAAUUGGAAUCAUCAUCACCGCCAUCACCUGGACUUGGUUUUACAGAAAUGAUUUAUACAAGAUGGAUUGAACAAUUGAAAUUUAAAUGGUUAUGGGGUUAA